AUGAAGUUAUCUUCUUCUUCCUCUUCUACUAGUCCUGGAUUUAAUGCUCAGCCUGAGGAAGGAGAGAAGAAAUGCUUGAACUCAGAGCUGUGGCAUGCUUGUGCUGGCCCACUCGUUUCGCUUCCACAAAUCGGCAGUCGAGUCGUGUAUUUUCCUCAGGGCCAUAGUGAACAGGUUGCUGCCUCUACCAAUAAGGAAAUAGAUGCUACCAUCCCUAACUAUCCCGGCUUACAACCUCAACUUGUUUGUCAGCUUCACAAUGUUACAAUGCAUGCAGAUGUUGAAACUGAUGAAGUGUAUGCUCAGAUGACUUUGCAACCGCUUACUCCUCAAGAGCAAAAGGAUAUAUGCCUACUACCAGCUGAACUCGGGGCUCCAAACAAACAGCCCACUAAUUAUUUCUGUAAAACAUUAACUGCUAGUGACACGAGCACUCAUGGAGGAUUUUCUGUACCUCGACGAGCGGCCGAGAAAGUCUUCCCGCCACUUGAUUACUCUCAAACCCCUCCUUGUCAAGAGUUACUUGCAAAGGAUCUUCACGGCAAUGAAUGGAAGUUCAAGCAUAUUUUCCGAGGUCAGCCGAAGAGGCAUCUCCUUACAACGGGAUGGAGUGUGUUCGUGAGCGCAAAGAGACUAGUUGCCGGAGAUUCUGUUAUUUUCAUCUGGAAUGAAAACAAUCAGCUGCUCUUGGGGAUACGCCGUGCAAAUCGACCUCAAACAGUUAUGCCUUCAUCUGUGCUGUCGAGUGACAGCAUGCACAUUGGGCUCCUUGCUGCUGCUGCACAUGCAGCAGCCACUAGUAGCCGUUUUACUAUUUUCUAUAAUCCAAGGGCGAGCCCAUCCGAGUUUGUGAUACCUCUAGCAAAAUAUGCCAAAGCAGUUUAUCAUACUAGAGUUUCUGUAGGCAUGCGUUUUCGGAUGCUAUUCGAGACCGAAGAAUCGAGUGUUCGUAGGUAUAUGGGUACAAUAACGGGCAUCAGCGACUUGGAUCCAGUUCGUUGGUCAAACUCUCAUUGGCGCUCGGUGAAGGUUGGUUGGGACGAAUCGACUGCAGGCGAAAGGCAACCGAGAGUCUCGUUGUGGGAGAUCGAACCUCUGACAACUUUUCCUAUGUACCCUUCUCCAUUUUCCCUCAGAUUGAAGCGGCCAUGGCCAGCUGGACUCCCGUCAUUCCCCGGCCUCAAGGAUGGUGAUAUGGGCAUGAAUUCUCCAUUUUUUGGGGACCAAUCGUUUAAUUUCCAAAACUUCGGUGUUUCCCCAUGGCUCCAGCCGAGGCUCGAUUCUUCUUUCCACUCUUUACAGCCGAAUAUUUACCAACUAAUGGCUGGAGCCGCACUUCAGGACUCAUCUAGCUCGUUAAACCCCUCAAAACUCCUUCAAUUCCAGCAUAACAUUCCAAACAUUUCCUCCUCGUUAAUAGCAAACCCAAUGCUACAACAGUCUCAACCCCAACAAACCUUCAUCCAGAACAUUCCGGAAAACAACGGUCAAUUUUUGCAGCAGCAGUUACAACAAAUUCACCCUCAAUAUCAAGAUCAACAACAGGUCAAGAAGGCAAAUCCCAUCACCAGCUCACAAUUAGGAUCGUUUUCUGAGGCUCAGUUCGUGCCUAUUCAGCAGCAGCAGCCCAUGAGCCAGCUGCAGAAUCUCUCGGACCUCAUUGGGACCCACAUUUCGCCGUCACCUUCCGAAAACCCUUCCGUGCAGAACCUCUCGAGCAGCCCGUUUUCUCGUGAAGGGUCCUUCAAACGGGUCGCUUUCGACCCACAGCAGGUUAUGAACAAAGCUUCUUCUCAUUUUGGCGUGCCGCAGUUGGAAGAACUCGGGACGCCUAAUACUACCAAGGUCUCGGAUCUUACAGCCCUUUUGCCACCUUUUCCAGGACGGGAAUUCUCGGACUUUCGGGUUUCGAGCAAUUCCCAGAACAAUUUGAUUUUCGGGAGUGUGGCGAAUGGAAUGUCGACACUCAGAAACGGCAGCAAUGACAACGAGUCUUUGCCGAUUCCUUAUGCGGGCACCACAUUCGGAGGUGGUUCUACGGGUAACGAUUUUCCUCUCAACUCGGAUAUGACCACGUUGAGUUGCGUGGAUGAAUCUGGUUUCAUGCAGUCCUCAGAGAACGUGGACCAAACGAACCCAACCCCAGGAGCCUUCGUUAAGGUUCACAAGGCAGGGUCUUUCGGGCGAUCGCUCGACAUAUCCAAAUUUAGCAGUUAUCCCGAGCUGAGAACCGAGCUUGCUCGGAUGUUUGGGCUCGAAGGGCUAUUGGAGGACCCACAUAGAUCAGGCUGGCAGCUUGUAUUCGUCGAUCGGGAGAAUGAUGUUCUUCUCCUCGGUGAUGACCCUUGGCAGGAAUUUGUGAACAGUGUUUGGUAUAUCAAGAUUCUUUCUCCCCUGGAGGUGCAGCAGAUGGGGAAAGAGGGGCUCGACCUACCGAACUCAGCCCAAACAAAUCGACUCUCGAGUGGCAGUAAUAGCUGUGAUGAUGACUACACGAGCCAAAAGGACUCGAGAAGCAACUUGUUGAAGUUCUGA